AAGAUAAUUCACAGUCUCGCUGACUGACUGUAUCCUCCACCCUUCACAAAAUGAGUGCCCGAAUCUCUCGGUCAUGGCUCACCCACGCCGCUCGCAACUCGCCCGUCCCAUUCCUGUACCAAACUCGUACCCUCACCGGUGCAUCUCUUUCCUCGUUGCGCCACACCCAGCACUACUCGACCUCCAAUACCGCUGCCGACGAGGCAGAAGAGCCCCAAGAUGAGAAGCCUAGAGCACCCCGCAGAAGCUACAUCCGGCAGAGAGCCGCCGCCGUCACCCCUCAGCCGACGACCACUAAGCCCACCACUCCCCAGAAGCCCCUCACCAUGACCAGCAGCGAGAAGCAAAUUUUCGGCAACUUGCUCGAACAACUCGGCACUGAGCGCCGCAGCCAGACACAGCCCGAACCCACUACUCCGGGCGCGAAACCCACCCUCCGUGAGGAAGAAAUGGACGAGAUGUCGCAAAUCUCCGCCAUUUUUGACUCGGUACUCCAGGACAUGAAAGAGAAGCGGAAGCGUGCGGAGGCGCGGGCUGCCGAGCGCCAAAGCGAAGCCACAGCCAUGCGAGCGAGUACCGAGAUCGAAGAGAAGCUCCAAACCGGCGAGUAUACGGACGAGGAGAUGGCGGAGAUGAUAUCGUCGCAGAAGAUCUCGAUAGACCGGGCCAUUGAGGCGGUCGUUAUGCGGGAAUCAGUGAAGAUCGAAGCGGCACUGUGGGAGGCCAUUGAUGAGAAUAAGGGUGACACCGGGAUCUGGGAGGUGUGCAAGGACCGGAUCUUCAAUAUCCUGAGACAUUUCGACGAGGAGAAGAAGGGACUCUUAGGCGUGAAGGGCGAUAUCGCCGGUGAUGAGGCCCCUAGAACUCCUCUCGCUAUACCUUCCUGCGUGCCGGUAGAACCGGUUGUGACGGAACUGUAUCCCAAGAUGCUGCUCGUUGCGUUCAAGAUGCUGAAUCUGCAUCAUCCCGAUUCGCAGCUGAUCAGCCAGUUCCGCGCCACGAUCAAGUCCAUGGGCCGUGCGUCGGCGGUCCUGGGUGGGUCGACGGGUCUGUAUAAUGAGUUUAUUUACUUCUACUGGCGUGGGUGUCAUGAUCUACCCGGUGUGGUCUCCCUGCUCCGCGAUAUGGAGGUCACGGGCGUGGAACCUAAUCGCCGCACGUGCAGUCUUCUCGGCUCGAUCAAGAACCAGCGCGAGCACGAUCUCCGGACCCAUUGGCGGAAGGCCCGACUCGAAGGCCAGCGGUCAACUCGCGAGCCGUGGUGGGAUCUGGCGCCGAACCGGAAAGCCGUGCGGGAGUUGUUCGGACCGGAGGGCUGGCAGGAGAAAUUGGAGCAUCGCAUGCGGGAGAUUGCCAAAGCCCAGGCCUACUAA